GCGAAAACAAAGAUGCAGAGUACUACAAAUUUCGACGCUGCAAGCCCAGUGGCGGAAAUGGCGGCCGAGGAGACGGCCACAACGGAGGACACAGCCACGGCGGCGGCGCCGUCUAUAGAAGCAACCACUUCCCAUCCUCCACCUUCGGCGGAGGCCGUGGCUGAGGCUGCCGCUGCGCUGCAGGCGGCGUUCGACGGCCAAACGACGUCGUCGCAGCCGCCAAGGGAGAAGCGAAAGAGUAGUAGUAGAGAGAUAACCAACGUGCCGUCGAGGGAUCCCACGUGCUACGAGUGCGGGAAAAGGUUCGCCACGUGGAAGGCGGUUUUCGGGCACUUGAGGAUCCACACGGACAGGCCUUUCCGGGGUGCGUUUCCUCCGCCGGUGGGUGCUGACUGGACGCCGCCGUCGUCGUCGUCGGCGUCGGCUGCCGACAGGCAGCAGUGUUGGCGACAGGAGCCGAGGCUAGGGUUUGGCGUCGACCUUAACGUUCCUUUCAUGCCGAUGAUCAAUGAUGGUGAUGAGGUUCAUGAGGUGGAUACUAUGGCCACGAAACGGCGUCGGAUAAUCGAUUUGAACAGACGCGCGACUGACGAGGAGGCGGCGACGAGUAAGGAGGACGAGGAGGAGACCAAAGACGAGGAAGAGAAAGAUGAUGAAGCAGAGAGAGACCAUGAAACAUGAAACUUUGUAGUUGAAGUGGAAGUUUAGGGUUUGGUUAUUGACUAGUUUUGUUUUGGUUUUCAUAUGAAACUUGUAUAUAUAAGUCACAAUUCUAUGGUAGAGUGACCCAAUCGAUCAUUACGAGAGAGAGAGAGGUUUAGCUACUGUUUGAUUUCAUUCAAGAUAGCGUAAUUAGGUAUUUCUUUGUUUUUGAACAACAAAUAGUGUGUAAUUAAGGUUAAUUAGUAAGAUUACAAUGAUGUGGCUAGGGCUACCAUGGAGCAAAAUGUAUUUCUUUUCAAUGCAACUAGAUUUGGUUUGUUUCCGCAGGUUUCUUCCUGAUUGUUUCUGUCCAUGGUGUCAUUGCUUGUGACCACACCCUCCUUUUUUUGCUCUUAAUGUGCUCAUUUUCCGUUUUAUCAAUCCAUUUACCAUCGCAUCUUUUUAUAAUGUCGCAAACCCAUUUGACGCCAAAGCACGCAAGGUUGCACCAUGGCUCCAUAACGUGCACCAUGAGCUGAAAAAGUUCGCACUGCGUGUGGUUCUGAACCACGAGCCACCGUGGUUUCCAAGAUCCACACCACAACCCUAGUGCGAUGUUGUUGGAACCACAACGAUGUGGCUAGGGCUAUAAUGAGUAGUCAUCGUGGCUAUCUACAAUACUAUUCAAGGCAGAUCCAUAUUACGAGCUAGCAAUGCAACUCCACAAACUCCACGAAAAUAACUUGGAUGGUCCAAAUAUCAUCUAAGUUGAAAUUCUUUCUUUGGAAGCGCUUGAGGUGGUAUAUUACCUACAAUGGUUGCUCUUCAAUCUCAAGGAGUAAACUUUCUUCUUCGAUGUGUGUUUUUGGAAACUUCAAAAUAGUAUUGAACAUAUGUUCUUCCAUUACUCCAUUGUCGUCAAGCUAUAGUAUUUUGUGGGGAUUGAACGAUUUGCUUUGUCUUCGGACCAACUUUGAAUUUUAGUGAGUGGUGGUGUCAUGUUAUAUGCUUAUUGACCACUUCCAAACCAAUUUUCUCCGAUGUGUACGCCAAUUUUGGAGAAUCUGAAAAUCUCGUUAUAAAGUGGUUUUGGAAUUCAUUCAACCAUUUGCCUGUUUUUUCGUCCAUCAAUUCUCUUCUCAAUUCCUCAAAGUUUCCUCUGCCAUUUAGCCCUCCCCCAGCUCCUCAUUGCAUCCCCCUUAUCUGGGUCCAACUAUAUAUGUGGGAAUGAUUGCCUCAAGAAUACAUAAAGAUUAACUUUGAUGUUGUCAUUAAAGCUGCUCGUUUGGCCUUGCUGUUCGUGGUGUGAACGAGAUUGUAUUGCUGGCUCUUGGGGUUGAAACCAGGGUAUAUCUGAUUCCUGUCUUGCGAAGUUUGUUUGCUGCUAAAAAUGUCAUUUCACUUGCGGCCUCAAGAAGUCUUGAAAGGUGAUUCCGAAGUGGUGAUCCGACAACUUAGAUAGGAGUCGUUGAUGGAUUCGAUCUGGGGGACCCUGCUUCGAAAGGGCCGUCAAUUUAUUGAGUUUUCUCCUUGUUGUAUAGUUUUUAGGGUGGUUCCACAAACUGUUGAUUGCGCUUCCUAUAUAGUGGCACAAAAAGUCUUGUUGUUGUCCUCUUAAGAGUUAGCUUCCUUUGAUUUUGUAUAAUGGCUUUAACUUUUCUCCAUUGUUAUUACUUGGAAAAAAAUAACAACAUUAUCUUUGUCACGAUGUUGUUUCUCAUGCUUUCACGUAGUUAGGGCCAUGACAUCGAUUUUGGUGGAAGAACGCUAUUGUUUGGUAUUGCGGCGUUUUUAAGUUAUGGACAAAAACAAUUAAACCAACAUUCUUCUGACCUAAUGAUUUCAUUAGUAUUUGUUUGAUUGACUUACUUACAAGCAUUUAAAUGCUCCAAACCAUCAAUGUGCUAUCCGGAACAAAGUAUUUUUAAGCGU